UAUAAGAUACGAGAAGUAUAAAAACUCGAUGCAGGUAUGUAAAUAAAAAUUGUCAUCAGACGUUAAGCAGAGUUUGAAAAACCCUGGAAACUAAACAUGCUGAAGUUGACAGUUACGGUGCUUUUACUAGUUUCACUGACGUUCACAUUUUCGGACGCGCAAAGGUCGGGAUGUAAAAAUGGCGCCGUGUUCACGAUGUGCGGAACGUGUGAAAGAACCUGCGACACUCUCGAUACAGUUUGUACAAUGGAAUGUCGAAUAGGUUGUUACUGUCCUCAGAAUUACGUACGGAAUAACGAGGGCGAAUGCAUUCCGAUCACGGAAUGUUGAAAACCCACGGCAGAAAAAAUAAUGAACUCGAAAAUUGAUGAUCCAAUGUGAAAGAUUUACCAAUUUACUCUACUUCAAUCGUAUUGAUUAAAAUACCAAAUCGGUGAUAUUCCGAUUACAACUGCUACAUGUUACAUAUAUAUAUAUAUA